AUGAACCUGGGGAUCCUCGGAGGAGCUGGAGCCAAGAGAGAAAAACACUGGUUGAAAAAAAAGGUGAAAUCAAAUCGGAAGAGCGCAGAGGAAAGUCAGUGCUGGAUGAAGCCGGAAACGACGACGUCGCUGCCGGCCAACUUCCGGCGCGGCUGCGGCGACCUGCCGGCGAAUUUCCGGAAGCCUCGUCACGUCGUCGACAAUGACGACUCUUCCGUGUUCCCUUCAUCGACGUCGACGUCGACGGAUGACCUUCCGACCGUCGACGACCCCAACUGCAACACGGUGCAGCAAAGUCACGUCAAUAAUAAUAGUAGCAACAACAACAACAACGUCGCCUUUGAGCCUCGAACGCGUUCCAGCAAAGAAUUUCCAAAAAACAUUGCCCAUCUGAGAAAAUCAACAAGUGCUGGAAGAACCUUGGAAACCCUACCUGAAUCUUCACCAGUCAACUUCCAUCCAGUGCAGACAUGUUUGAAGGCCAAAAAACCCAAUCUUGGAUCCUCUUCCAAACAGAAGCACAUCAAAGUGUCCAAGAAUGAUCUCCAAAACAAAAAAUUGUGGUUCGACCCAGGGUCUGCGGAGGAAGAUUUGUUUCCUGUUUCCACUGGGACCAAGAUCCAGGCCAAGGGAAUCUUGGUUAGUUAUAGAUGCUUCAUGAUCACCAUCAAUUCUUUCAACACUGAGUUGACCAAAGAAGACCGAGCCAAGUUGUAUCCUCGUUGUGGAAACCUGUACCCUGAUGGACUGGCUUUGUUGGCCCGUGCUGAAGAUUACGAACAGGUGAAGGCCUGUGCCGAGUUUUAUCCCACCUAUGCGAAGCUGUUUGCUGGAGCUGGUGAGAAUCCUGGAGACAAAGCCCUGGAAGACAAGUUUUUCGAAGCCGAAGUCCGAAUGCACGUCCACACUUACAUGCAACAAUUCCACUAUGGCGUCUUCUACUCAUUUCUCAAACUCAAAGAGCAGGAGUGCAGAAACAUUGUUUGGAUUGCAGAAUGCGUCGCCCAGAGGCACAAGGCGAAAAUUGACAACUACAUCAACAUCUUGUAGAAAAAGAAUGUAAUUCAUUCAUUUUCAUCAUCAUUUUUUGUCUCUUUAUUCUGAUGAGUGUCCAGCAGCAGUGAGUUGUUUAUAGUCAAGAAAAGGGAGGAAAAACUUGCUGAGGAGUUAUUUAAGAUUUGAUCCGGUGUUUACAGUCUUCAUAUUUGGGGGGCUAUUUCAGUGUGUAGAGUUGGGAUUUUUUUUCUGUCAUGAAUUGAAUAACAU